GGAAGGAAGGGAGACCAGCUGGUGACAAAGAGAGCCCAGAGGUGCUGGGACUGUGUAUGAGAGCCCGGAAGAUUUCAGCCAUGCCUCACAGCUCCGACAGCAGCGACUCCAGCUUCAGCCGCUCUCCCCCUCCUGGCAAACAGGACUCCUCCGAUGAUGUGAGAAAAGUUCAGAGAAGAGAGAAAAAUCGCAUUGCCGCCCAGAAGAGCCGGCAGAGGCAGACACAGAAAGCCGAUACCCUGCACUUGGAGAGCGAAGACCUGGAGAAACAGAAUGCGGCUCUGCGCAAGGAGAUCAAGCAGCUCACAGAGGAGAUGAAGUACUUCACCUCGGUGCUGAGCAGCCAUGAGCCCCUGUGCUCUGUGCUGGCUGCCAGCACGCCAUCGCCCCCAGAGGUGGUCUACAGUGCCCACGCCUUCCACCAGCCUCACGUCAGCUCCCCGCGCUUUCAGCCCUGAGCUUCAGAUGAGGGUGAAACACAGGCCUCGGGUGGGGCGCACAGACUGGCUGGGUGGCCCCAGUUCUUCAGAGCCCUCUGUCCAUAUGGAAACCCAGAGACAGAGGCCUGGACAAGGAAUAAGCGUGAAGACUGUCAUGGGCAUGGGGCCUCCCAGCAGAGCAGCAGCUAGUCAGCACGUGCUGGACCCCCAUCCAGGUCCGGGGCACAGUUCAGAGGAGGAUCAAGCAGAAUCGCCCACAUCCCACGGUGUAGAGAGGGAAGGGGGGCAGGG